CUUCCAUUAUACUCGCAGGGGGCUGGACCACUGGCGGAUCACUUUCACUGUGCCCUUCCCCCCAGAAGAACAAGGGGCAGCCCCGGGCCAGUGCUCAGGCGGUCACGUGCUCCUCGCCGGCUAUGGUUCGCACUCGGCUGGUUGUUUGUCCCUUGUGAGGCUCCGUACAGGAGGCGUCGUGCUGUGUUUGGCCAGGAGGAAGCCAGGGGAUUGGGGCAGUUGUGUAGUGCGCUGAGUGUACCGGGUGCCCCCCCUCCUCUAGAGCGGACACAGCGGCGGAGCUCCGUGUUACACGUACCGGGCACCCAGCCUGCUGCUGUAUGGGCCUCGUUCUGUAGCCCCAGUGGUCUCCCCUCAGAGGCUCCCCUUUACUCUGGAUCCAGAAGCUGUGGCCCGUGUAUUGACGUGUGCUAGCAUGGAUGUGAGUUGGACACGCCACAUGGCUUGCUCUGCUGAGGGUAGCGUCAAGCUUAUGUGGCAGAAAAAUGAAAGAACAUAAAUUUUCACACCUCCAAAAAAAUCGAUUUUCUGGCCGGCCCUCAAAAUGGUCAAGACAGAUUGGAGAUUUUGACAACUUUAUCUCAGAAAAACAAAAUCUUCCUCUAUCCGAAAAAAGCAAUGAUGACAUCCUGAAGAAUGUCCACCCACACCAGCAGAUUGCAGGCAAGCAAUCCAAACCUCGGAAGAGAAAGAGAUUUGCUGGUCAGCCCUCAGGGACAGAAUCUGGAGAAGACGCUGUAAAGGAAGGAAAACCUCAGAAGACAUUUUGUUUUUCUUCUGGCGAUUCUCUACUUACAAAUACAGUGACCCCAUCGCAAGCCACAAAGAAGAAUAAACUUUGUGGUAAGAAGUUGACUUCAAGACUCGUGUCCGGAAAUAAUAUCGUACAUGAAGACUCUGCUAGUGUGCCACCAAAGAAGAUCACCCAGGUGUGGAAGCACAAGGAUGAACGUGCCCGCAGCUUCGUGGCUGCUCCGAGUCAGAGAAAGAGACGUCCUCCUUCAUUAGCACAAAGAUGCUCUGGAGGUUUAUGGCUGCUGAAAAGCUGUGAUUUGCUUAAUAUUGGAAGAGUACCCUUAUUUAUGAUGCAGAGAAAACUCUGUCAGAUAGCAGCCUGUGGUAAAUUACAGUCUGAGAAGCUCAGAGCUAAAAAGACAAGCUUUAGACUACUGGAUUUUAACUGGAUGUGGUUCCGGAAAGGAUUUUGGAACUGUUGCAAGAAGACUCUGAGAAGCAGGAUUCGUAAAGUCAUCUCUUAUCUGAAGUUUAAACUUCAGAGACACCUAAGAGCUGGACGGAGGGCCUACGAUAUGAACAAUAACACUUCAGGAAUUUUAUAUGCACAAUGCACAACCAAAAGCUGCCUACGAGGUGAUGCUGUCCAGCUGCAGAGUGUGGAAGCUCAGUUUGGAAAUGCUGCCGCCGGCCAGCAACCACUGCUCUGCACACCUACCCAGUGGUGCGGCACAGACGCCAUCACCAAGAGAACCAGUGAUGCUCCCAUUAUUACCAACCAGCCGGAUGACUUGUGUGUAUUGCUUACCGAAAGAGAAGUAUAUAUAUCUUGCCAGGAAGAAACAGCUGCUCAUGGCGAGAAGGACAAUGAACAGAUUCCCCUGACUCCUGACAAACUGCAAGAAUACGCAAGUGAUACUUUUGGGUGUCAGGAAAAUGCUUCCAUGGAAAUGGUAGAGAAUGGUGACGAACCCUGCCCCAUGGAUUUGGAUGACAGUACAGACUCUGACAUAUUCAGUGCAAAGUUGUUGGAUCACCCUUACUGUAAAAGUCCCAUGCAACAGACCACAUGUGAUGGACUGGAUCUACAGGGCUUACAGAAUGGACAGAAAAUCACCAGCAAUGUCCCAGAUGAACAAGUUGCCGCCAGUAUUUGUGAUUUUCUCGAUGAACUUGUGAAGAAAUACGGCAGUUUGAUUCCAGUGACUGAAAAGGACAUACUUACUCGUUUAAAGGAGGUUUUUAACCAGGACUUUUCCUACAGGAUGCCCUUCAUUGGCAGGGAAAUGGCAAAGUACAAAGCCAAGAAUUCCAGAAAUACCAUUUGCGGUUUCCAGAUUUGCUAUAAUAAACACACACUUUAUCUGGAUGAUCUUGUUACCCUCGAUGAGCAACAGUGGCUCAAUGACCAGGUCAUUAACAUGUAUGGUGACCUUAUAAUGGAUUCUGCGCCAGAUAAGAUUCAUUUCUUUAACACAUUUUUUCAUAAGCAACUCGUGACCAAAGGAUAUGAUGGAGUGAGACGAUGGACUAAAAAGGUGGACCUUUUUAAGAAGACCUUGCUGUUGAUUCCAAUACACUUACAAGUCCACUGGGCCCUCGUUGCUGUGAACAUCCCAAAUAAGACGAUUACCUUCUAUGACUCCCAAGGCUUACAUUUGAAAUUUUGUACAGAGAACAUCCUCAAGUACCUUACGACAGAAGCCAAGGAAAAGAACCAUCCUGAGUUUCUUCAAGGUUGGCAGACUACUGUAAAAAAGUGCAUUCCACAACAGAAGAAUGACUUUGACUGUGGCGUGUUUAUGCUUCAGUACUGCAAGUGCCUCGCUCAAGAACAGCCUUUCUUGUUCUCGCAAGAAGAUAUGCCUCGUAUCCGAAAAUGGAUCUACAAAGAACUCUGUGAACGCAGACUCAUGAAUUGAAAAAAAAAAAGCAUUAAAGCUGCUCUUUUGUGGCCCAUUUGAAAACAUUCAAGCUGUACUUGAAUUAUGUAAUACUUCCACAACUUUUAAACAUCACUUUCGAAGGGUGGCUGGCCCUCCAUUGUUACCUCAGAUGCUCCUUUUAUUUUGUUAAAUUCAUCUGAUUUGGACAUGAAUUGGUUAGCUUGUGGGACAUCAAGCCAAGCCACCAUGAAAUCUUUGUGGCUUCAUUUUGAUUCUGGUAUUUAUUAUUUAUUAUGUACGCAUGCAAAAGCAUGCAGCAGUAAAACAAGGACUGUAUAUUUGAUGCACCUUUGACUUGUAGAUAGAAGUGAUAAAGAAAAUUUUAAUUUUGUUUAAAUAUAUGAAAUAACAGGUACAUUUUUUCCCUGUAACUAUUAAAACUGUAUUUACUUUGAAAUGUUUUUCCAAUGGAAAAAUGAUUCAUUACAUAUAUUUUGACCAGGCGUGUUUUAUUUAUUGCAUUUUUCCACUUUACUUUACAGCCCAUGUUUUAUGGGAGGUUUAUGGGAUAAAUGUGAACGUGGUCAAUUGCGCUAUGUUUGUGAUUCAACAAUGACACUGUUUUGUUUCAUGUGCCUCAGUCUGU